AGCAAAUGUCUCGUUCUGCUUACACACACAAACACACUGACCACGUGCCUUGCUGUCCGUCUGUCUGCCGGUGGACGCGAAAGAGGAGGCGAGGAUCCACUACCUAAACACGGCUGUUGAAGCUCUCACUUGACAGUUCAUCAUGGAUGCUGCAGAGUUUCGGCGCAGAGGCAAAGAGAUGGUUGACUAUGUGGCCGACUACUUGGAGAAUAUAGAAGAACGUCCAGUCUACCCAGAUCUAGAACCAGGAUAUCUCCGUUCUUUAAUCCCCACUGAGGCCCCCAUAGAGCCCGAAAGUUAUGAAGACAUAAUAAAAGAUGUGGAGAGAGUCAUAAUGCCAGGGGUCACCCACUGGCACAGUCCAAACUUCUUUGCUUACUUUGCGGCAGCUUCCUCUUACCCUGCUAUGCUGGCUGACAUGCUGUGUGGAGCUAUUGGCUGCAUUGGAUUUUCCUGGGCUGCCAGCCCAGCCUGCACUGAACUGGAGACAGUGAUGUUAGAUUGGCUUGGGAAGAUGCUGCAACUGCCUGAGAGCUUCAUAGCUGGGACACACGGUCAUGGAGGAGGUGUCAUUCAGGGAACGGCCAGCGAGGCGACACUCAUGUCCUUGCUGGCUGCCCGCUGCAAAGCAAUCAGACGGGUGCAGGCAAUAGAUGCUAAAAAGUCUGAGACUGACAUCCUCUCCAAGCUGGUGGCAUACACCUCUGAGCAAGCUCAUUCCUCAGUGGAGCGAGCUGCUCAGAUUGGGGCAGUAAUGAUGAGGAAGGUUCCUACGGACAACCAGUACGCUGUCAAAGGGGAAAUGCUCAAGAAGAUGGUGGAGGAGGACAAAGCAGCUGGGCUCAUUCCUUUUUAUUUCUGUGCAACCCUUGGAACCACUCCAUCAUGUGCUUUUGAUCACAUCACCGAGCUGGGGCCUCUGUGUAAUAAGGAAAAUAUGUGGAUGCACAUUGAUGCAGCAUAUGCUGGGAGUGCAUUUAUCUGUCCUGAAUUUAGACCUUUAUUGAAUGGAGUUGAGUAUGCAGACUCUUUCAACUUUAAUCCACACAAAUGGCUUUUAGUCAACUUUGACUGCUCUGCAAUGUGGGUGAAGAAGCGAGCAGACAUCAUUGGAGCUUUUAAAAUGGAGCCGCUUUACCUGAAACAUGAAAACCAGGAAUCAGGGCUUGUCACAGAUUACAGGCACUGGCAGAUUCCUCUGGGAAGACGAUUUCGCUCUCUAAAGCUGUGGUUUGUGUUCCGCAUGUAUGGUCUCCAUGGCCUGCAAGCUCAUAUACGAAAGCAAGUGGCCCUGGCCAAGGAGUUUGAGAGUCUGGUGAGAGCAGACAAGAGGUUUGAAAUCUGUGCUGAAGUCAUCAUGGGACUGGUGUGCUUCAGGCUCAAGGGCUCCAAUGAGCUGAACCAGAACUUGCUGAAAAGGAUCACCAAGAACAGAGAAAUCCAUCUGGUGCCCUGUCAGCUCUCUGGUCGCUUUGUCCUGCGGUUCGCCAUCUGUGCACGCACAACUGAGUCACGCCACAUUCAACAAGCGUGGCGACACAUCACACAACUGGCUUUUGAGCUUUUGCAGGAGCACCCUCAUUGACCAAACGUUUGCAUUGUCCACUCUGAUGCUAAAAGGAGAGCUACAGUCUGGACAGCAGUUUGUGAGGUUUGCAGAUAUAAAAUGUCCAUUCGUUCAUACAUUUCAUGAUGAACCCUUCAUCCCAUCUGCUGUAUGUUCCUGGCUGCAGUCCAGUCACUAAGCACUGGUCAAGCAACAAUAUAUUUAGAAAGAUGUAUCUAAAGAGCACAUCACAAGUCUACAAAACCUAACUAAAUCUAAAAGAAAAAAAUGCUGCUCCCAGACAGAACAUUUUAAAUCUGCAACUCCUUCAGUCAUUGUCUUAGCUUCUGUCUGUCACUGUUUGGUGAUGAUGUCAUUGUCCUUAUCAUUGCACACUUAUUUUCCUGCAGGCUUAUCUAAGCUGGUUUCUGUCAAAUAUGUUUUGAGGGUGACUUGAAGGUUUAUUUUGGUUGAAAUUGGUUGAUAUGAUUUUUUCUAGGUUUGUGGUAAACGGUUGCACAUCCUGUGAAUGAAUUCUUGAAUCGGUGCAUGUCAUUAAUAUUUGUAGCUGCUCUUUAAUGUACAGUACUGUAUAUGGUGGUGUUGUGUGGAGCGCUUCACAAAGUUUAUGGUUAAAGAGUUCUAAUAUUGUUUCAAGUCAUCAUAUUUAACACUUUCAUCAGUGAAUUAAUUUAUUCUUGAUCUGAUUAAAACAAUAUUGAAGUUUCAUUGUAGUAACCCAAAGAGGCUAUAUAUUUGUUUGUCACUUUGUUUUUAAAUUGGAGAGUUAUCAUGCAUUCAUAGGUUGUCUUAUGCACCCUCUAAAUUAGAGGGAUGAGAAUAAUAUUAUGCCACUUUAUUGAUAAAAAGGACCAACAAUAGUUUCCUUAUUGAGACUUCUUUUCAAUUCAUAAAAUGCACUGUAUAUCAUUGUAUUUCUAUUUUAAAUUAUAGAUCAAAUUAGUUUAGAUAAAAGAAUAAAAGAUGAAGCCUUAGUUGUGCAUAUUCAUAUCAAUUCACAUGACACUGACUUGGUGGGUGUAUAUUAUGUCUUGUUAAUCAUUGUGAGGAUAGUGAGUGCACUGUAGGAUCGCCUAUAUCUCUGACAAGCCCUUGUCACACACUA